AUGGCGGCGGCGGUUCAUUCGCCCCAGUUUCGGCCAGUAACACAUCUGAUAUUUGACAUGGAUGGACUGCUUUUGAACACUGAAGAUUUAUACAUGGACGUGUUUCAAGAAAUAUGCGGUCGCUAUGGGAAGACGUACAACUGGGAUGUCAAGUCGCUGGUCAUGGGGAAAAAGGCCCUAGAAUGCUCAGAGAUCGUAGUGGACACCCUGAAGUUGCCCGUGUCUAAAGAAGAGUUUUUGGAACAAACCCAAGGGAAGCUGAAGGAGGUGUUUCACACAGCGUCACUCAUGCCGGGAGCUAAUGAUUUGGUUCAUCACCUGCGGAAACACCACCUACCCUUAGCGGUGGCCACCAGUUCCGCGUCCCUCGCUUUCCAAAUGAAGACCAGCAGACACAAGGAGUUCUUUGGUUUGUUUAAUCACAUCGUUCUGGGGGAUGAUCCCGAGGUAACUAAGGGCAAGCCAGCCCCAGACAUAUUCCUUACCUGUGCCAAGAGGUUCUCUCCUCCUGCGGCUCCAGAAAACUGCCUUGUCUUUGAAGAUUCCCCUAACGGAGUGGAGGCAGCACUGACCUGUGGGAUGCAGGUAGUCAUGGUACCUGAUAAAAACUUGAACAAAGACCUGACGAAAAAAGCCACCCUGGUACUGGGUUCCUUACAGGACUUCAAACCUGAGCUCUUUGGUCUGCCAGCCUACCAAUGAGGGUGAAGGGUGAGC